AAUCAGCGCCGCGCUCUUCCCCCUCCCCGCACCCUAUUGGUCCGCGCUGAGGCGGGGCUGGCGGCGCUGCCAGCACGUGGCGGACUGGGCGCGGGUGACCUUGACCGGGGCGGGCUGGGGCUCCGCUGCCACCACCCUUCUGCCGUCACCACCCCUCUGCCGUCACACCUCCUCUGUCGUCGCCCCUCUGCCGUCACCCUUCCUCCGCCAUCAGACCUCUGCCGUCACCACCCUUCUGCCGUCACCCCUCCUCUGCCGUCACCCCUCUGUUGUCACCCCUUCUCUUCCAUCAGACUUCUGCCGUCACCCCUUCUCUGACGUCAGCUCCUCCCUUGCUAUCACCCCUGUGCCGUCACCCCUCCUCUGCUGUCACCCCUCCUCUGCUGUCACCCCACUGCCGUCACCUAUCCAGCUAUCACUCCUCCUCUGCUGUCACCCAUCCUCUGCUGUCACCCCACUGCCGUCACCUCUCCUCUGCCAUUACCCCGCACCCUGUGAUGCCACUGGGGGACCUCUCCCCCAGCCCUGGGGUGUUCCCACCACCCCGCCAUCCCGGGGGGAUUCUCUAUGGAGGAUGGGAGCCCCCUGGCCACCCUGCAGCGGGAAGGGAGCGGUUCUAGCCACCCUCCCUGGGCGGCCGAAGCCAUGCCUCAGGGCGAGCAGGCAUGCCAGGCAGCAGCACGGCGAUCACCAGGGCAUCAGGGGUUAAAUCAAUGCACAGCAAAUUGAGGAAGAAGAUUAGGGAAUAAAGGGAUCCCACUAAAUUCCUCGUGAUCCCAAGCCAAGGGGAAAAUGGAACGAGGCAGCAUGAGUCACUCACCGGAGAGGAGCUGUGUCUCUCGGGGGGUCGGACAGAGCCGCGAAGGAGAGUCCUGCCGGCGGACUCCGGCGUGCUGGUGAUGGAGAGCGUCUCUUCUUCCCCUUCACCCUUCUCCGCCAGUUCCCCCACUGUGCAGUCCGAGAACGCCACUGCCUAUGACUACUACUCCGGCCUCCAGAAGAGCAUGCAUGUCCUCUCCAUGGUGGUGUACAGCAUUGCCUGUUUGCUGGGGGUGACAGGGAACGGCCUCGUCAUCUGGAUUGCUGGCUUCAAGAUGAAGAAGACGGUGAACUCCAUCUGGUUCCUCAACCUGGCCAUUGCUGACUUUAUCUUCACCUUUUUCCUGCCCCUCAGCAUCGCCUACACUGCCCUGGGCUUCCACUGGCCGUUUGGGAAGCUCCUGUGCAAGCUGAACAGCACCAUCGCGUUCCUCAACAUGUUCGCCAGCGUCUUCCUCCUGACAGUCAUCAGCAUGGACCGCUGUGUUUCUGUUGCUUUUCCCGUUUGGUCUCACAACCGCAGGAGUCCGGAGCUGGCGGCCAGGAUCGCACUGGGGACGUGGGUCCUGGCUCUGCUCCUCAGCUCCCCGUACCUCGUCUUUCGGGACACUGUGGUCAGUUCCAGGAACAUCACCAGCUGCUAUAAUAAUUUUGCACUGUCCGAUGACUACACCUCCGAGGCAACGCGGAGGCUGUGGAGGAUGCGGCAUAAAGCGAUGAUCAUAACGCGAUUCUUAUGCGGGUUCCUCAUCCCUUUCACGGUGAUUCUCAUCUGCUACAGCAUUGUUGCUGUCAAGCUGAAAAGGCGGCAGUUAGCCAACUCUGCAAAACCAUACAGAAUUAUCAUUGCUGUCACAGUCUCUUUUUUCCUCUGUUAUUUCCCCUAUCACGUCUUCUCCUUGCUGGAAAUAUCCAAAAACUCUUCCAGUCAUGAGAUGAAAAUGGCCCUUUACAUAGGGAUCCCCUUGGUUUCCAGCCUUGCCUUCUUCAACAGCUGCAUCAACCCCAUCCUGUACGUAUUUGUGGGGCCGGAUUUCAAGGAGAAGUUUCGCCAGUCCAUCCUGUCAACCUUUGAAGGGGCCUUCAGCGAGGAGUCGGUCCUGGGCAGCCUGACCAGCAGGCGAAAGUCCAGGUCUGCUUCGGAAGCAGAGGUCCCAAGGGUCUGAGUGGGUGCUGGUGUGGAGGUGCCAAUUUUUUUCUCUGCAUUUUCCCUUCAUUUCAGAGCUAUAAUUGCAGGACUGGGGGCUGCAAAGGGCUGUGCAUGCUAAUGAAGCGUGAUUUGACCUUUUGGAGGUAUCUCAAACCUACUAUGACUUAAUGUACUAUGGAAAUUAAACAACUAUCUGGAGCUGCAGCAGGGUGGGAAAGUCAAAGUACAUUUUGCUCCUUGUGCCCCUUCCUUGGCUGCCUUGUUUCCCUGCAGCUUUUCCAUCCCCUAUGAUCCAUCAUACCUGGCAAAAUGUCUCCCUGGUUGGAUGAGCUGAGAGGGCAACCACAGCCUGGGUGGUGGCUGCCAGUCAUCAGACUUGUGUGCCUUGGCACUGCUGGUCUGUUGCAGCUUCCAGUUUUUAACAGGAAGCCCUUUAAAAAAUUCGCUGGGUUUGUGGCUCUGCUGGCAGAGCUCCCUUUCCUUUCCUCUCCUCCUGGCUCCCAAGGAAGGAGCUCUCAGGUGCUCUCCAUGCUGCCGCCCAGCCCGGGGUCACCUUGUACAUGCCCAGGGGAGGCAUGUGGGGACAAACCCUGUUUGUGUCUCUGUUGCGUUCACCUGCCUGCAGUGCAUUUGCACAUGGCGAGCCGAGGGGAGAGUUUGUUCCCUGCCCUUGCCAGACUUUCCUGGCAGCUCAUCUUUGCUGGGGUUCCACCAGAGAGCAAAAUCGGGUGCAGCUGCACCAGCGGAGUACAACUGUGCCGGCAGCCUGCAGCUGUGCCAGUAGUUUACGGCUGUGCCGGAGGUGUAUGUGCCGGAGGUGUAUAUGCCAGAGGUGUAUGGCUGUGCCAGUGUUUUGGCUGUCCAGAGGAGAAAAGGAGGAAGGGAAAAGCUAUUCCUUAAGUCCCUUGUAAUUAAAUUGGUAAAGAAAACACAAAGAUCCUUUCCUGUGGAUCACUCCAGUCUGACAUAUGGGCUGCUAAAGCUUAAGGAGAAAAUAGUUUAAAAAAUACAGCUUGAAUGUGCUGUGAGAUCCAUCCAGAGGCACUCUUACACAUGCAUCUUUUAAAGAAAUAGGGUGAAAUGAAAUAGCUAUAUGUAUUUGUGUAGGGUCUGGAAUAGCUGGUAAGACACUCAUCUUUUCUCUCCCCAGAUGUGUGGCAGGACAAAUUAUUGGUUGUGCUCCGGUUACUCAGGUUUGAUGUACAGCAUAACUGUUUCUGAGCAAUGCUUGUCUGUGGUCAUGUUUGACAUGUUUCUGGCCCUUAAAUAGUGGAGAUCUGAAGUUUGUACUGUUGGUGAAUGAAUAUUAAA